UUUACUUGUCCACAGCCAGCAUCAGCAGAUCAUGGCACUAUUGACAAAGAAAGAUAUAAAAGAUGUCAGCGACCUAGUAACAAAGAAAUUAGAAUUAUAUGCAAAUCGUGAGAAGAGAGAGAAUGGAUUUGACCCAGAUGGAUCUGUUCGAACAACACAUAAAAUGUAUAGAUAUGAUUUUAUGUAUAGAGUACUAGAUUAUGAUGUUUGGGACAGAGAUAGUCCAAGAUAUCCUAAAAAGAAAAAGAACAAAAGUAAAGGGAAUUCUGUUGAAGAAGAAAACAAUGAAAAGGGUGAACAUGGUGAAGGAAGCCAAAAUGAGGAUAAAUCAAAAUGUAUCAAUCCUAAAAUUCUUCAUACAAGCAGACGUAUGGUGCUAUACAAAGAAGUGGAUAGACUUGCUACCAAUGCUACUAAAGUAUUUGAAACUCUUCCAAUAGAUAAACUACAGGUUAUACACAGAUACAGACCUAGUUACCAUGGUAAAAUAGAUGACAUACCAGAAACUGGGAAAGUGCAAAAUUAUACACGUCAUGUUGGUGCUGUUCUUAAGUCUCAGGAUUAUGUAAAUUAUUAUAUUAAAGAAGGUCUCCAGACAGGUGAUGCUUCAAAAUCAAAAAGAUUACAAGAAAUUCCAGUAAGAAAAGAGAAGAAAGAUGCAGACAACGAAGACAAAAAAGACAGCAGUGAUAAUGUUGAUGAGGAUAAAAAGACAAAUAAAGACAAGAAACGGGAUAGGCCAAAGAAGGAAUUAGAACCCAUAAUAAAAGUAAAAGUAACAGAAAAAAAGAAAGAUUAAUUGGGGCAUAAAAGGUUGAACUUUUGCAAUUAUUUAUCGUCUGUGAUAACUAAUUUUUUAAUGCAAACAUACCACAGU